ACCAAUCCGUUGAACUCGACUCAGCAGCAACUCAUCCAACAUUCGUCAACGCAUAACUCAACACAGUUCUCAUCUUCAACUUCCCCAAAGAAUAACGUCUUUCUGAAAUGGUUGGCUGCCAGCGUAUUAGCGGCUGGUAGUUCGUUGUAUAUUUAUGGAUUCUUUAUUCCUGACGUUCGUGAGCUUCGUGAUAAGAAACACUAUUAUUCGGACUGGAAGAUACGUGUGCUGUGCUCAUUACCAUUGAAUGCGAUGUCAAGAUUCACUGGUGGUAUUGCUAACACUCACAUUCCCGGUUGGUUGAGACCGACGUUAUUCGGUUGGUAUGUUCGAACUUACGAUUGUCGGAUGGAUGAGGCGCUGAUCGAGGACUUAUCUGCAUAUCCGACAUUCGCAGCAUUUUUCAACAGACCCUUAAAAAAGAUUCUGCGACCUAUCAGUGAUUCCGCUUUGGUAUCACCGGCUGACGGAAUAGUGGUUCAUUACGGUAAAGUUCAUGAUGGACGAAUUGAGUAUGUGAAAGGUCAUGACUAUGAUGUCAGCGAGUUUAUUGCACCAAGUAAAACAAAUAACAGUCCGGAAGACGUUGAAUUAAAGCUGAGGGAUGGUAAAGAGCUUUAUCAAAUUGUUAUUUAUCUUGCACCGGGUAAUUAUCAUAGCUUUCAUUCGCCAGCAAGCUGGAUAUCUCAGCGAGAAGUUCAUUAUCCAGGUCUAUUGCUAUCAGUUCGACCGAGUCUACUCGAAAGGUUUCCAUAUUUACUUUGUGUCAACGAGAGAGUUGUUUUGAAUGGACACUGGAAACAUGGAUUCUUUUCGCUCAGUGCUGUUGCAGCCACUAAUGUCGGUGAUGUUACAAUUGAUGCGGAUCCAAAUUUGCGAACUAAUAUAAAACGUGCCCAAAUGGAGGGUAAUAGGUGUUCGGCAACAACGACAUCAUUAGUGCAUAGUUAUGAACCUGGUGAAAAAGUUGGAGAGUUCAGGAUUGGUUCGACCGUUGUUAUUAUUUUCGAAGCACCUCCGACAAUAGACUUCGCAGUACGAGCUGGUGACAAUAUACGUUAUGGGCAGAGUUUGGUAAAAUGCGGAGUUUAA